AUGUCAUACGAGGCGGUGAUCCCUGGAGGCUCCGUCGAUCAGUGCAAGUGCAGUGCCUCAUACCCUAACUAUACUUUCUGCCGUCGCAGCGGUAGACUAUGCGGCAGGGCGGCAGGGCGGCAGGCCCUUCAGCUCAGCACAGUGGCACACCUCUUCGCAUCUCAGCAAGCAUUCGGAGGGCAGCGGCACACCAUGUUCUCCAGAGAGGUAGCAGUUAUAUGCCGAGUAGGGAUGAGCCAAGCGAGGCGCCAAAUCCUCGCGAAAGGCCUCGUGGCCAACCAUGCCACCGUGCUGGAUUUCUCCCCCGAGGAUGUCAACGGACCAUCCCUUGCCUCGUCCCUGAUUCAACAAGCGGGAGAUAUGUUCGCGGGCGCUCCGAAGGGUUCUUCGAAGCGGAAGCGUGCGAGCUCAGGGGCUGGGGAUGGGGCUUCUUCUGGCAAGCGCAAGGCCACGGAGCACGGGCCGGUGGCUCUGGGUCCGACCAUGGUGGUAUGCGAUGCGGCCUCUUUCUCGUCGGCAAGGGCUAGCGAGGAGAUGGAGGGGAUAUUCAACAAGUAUCCCCUGAAAGAAGAGGCCUCCUCGGUGAAGGUGGUGGGGUCGGCGUGGCUGUCUGAGUGCCUCCGGGUGGGCUCCGCCCAGCCGAUGGGAUCGCACCUGCUUGAUACCAUCACGCCCGCCACGGCGAAGAAGUUCUCCAACAAGUGUCCUACAGCUGCCGUGUCCGGUGCAGCUGGUGCUGGUGCCGGUGCUGGUGGCAGCGGUGGAGCGUCAAAGUCUUCGUCGUCUUCUUCCUGGGGUUGCCUCGCUCGCCCUGCUCCGUCCAAAGCGAAGGCCGCAGGGAACGAUGGCGGAGGGGGCUCAAGCUUGACCGCUGGCGGCGGCGGCACCAUUGGUGCCGGUUCGGGAGGAUCCGACGGCCCGGGCGUCCUAUCCAAGGAACCGGUUUGGAGGGACGGCGGGGGUGACGUGGGUAGUAGCAGUGAGGGCGGUAGGUGGGAAGAGCUGAUGGAGGGAUCGGUGCUGCGGUGGGUGCCCGACAGAAGCAGGGUCUCCACCCAUAUAGUGGCGUUCGACAUGGACGGGACGCUCAUCAAGACCAAGUCAGGGAAGCGUUUCGGAGAUGCUGCGGACGACUGGCAGCUUUGGAACGGCAAGAUCCCGACAGUUCUGCGAAAGUGGCAUGACCGAGGGUACAAGGUGGCCAUCAUCUCCAACCAGAUGGGCGUCGGGACGGGAAAGGUGGACCCGCGAAUGCUUAAGGCGAAGGUUCGGUCCGUUGUGAAGGCUCUAGGCAUUCCCGUUGAGGCCUACCUGGCUUGCCGUGACGAUUACUACAGAAAGCCUCGUCCCGGGUGCUGGGAGAUGGUGUCCACCUCCUACAACGGGGGUUUGGACGUGGAGAAGGCGGCGUGCUUGUACGUCGGGGACGCCGCGGGAAGGCCCAAGCAGGGGACCCACAAGAAGGAUUUUUCUGCGGGCGACUUAAAGCUGGCGCUGAACGCCAAGAUUCCCUUCCAGACGCCCGAGCAGUUCUUCAUGCGAUCCACGACGCCCAUCCACAAGAACAGGUCCUUGGCGAUGUUGGGCUUCGACCCUUCCACCCUGCUAGGAAAAGGUUCGGGUGGCUCCGCGGAAAGUCUUUCGCGGCGUGAGGGAGACGGGGGGGGCGGGUUGGAGAUGGUGGUGUUGGUGGGGCCCCCCGGUGGGGGAAAGAGUACGCUGUGCAAGGACAAGCUGCCAGAUCACGCGAGGAUUAACCAGGACGAGCUAAAAAGCCUCAAGCGGUGCGAACGAGAGGCUGGGGAGCGGCUGAGGGGAGGGCGGAGCGUCGUGAUCGAUGCUACCAACGCCGGGCGGGGCACGAGGGCAGGGUGGCUGGACCUAGCGCGGCAGCACGGGGCUACGGCAAGGUGCAUCUACCUCACCACCCCCAAGGAGGCGUGCUUUCAUCUGAACGCUUUCAGGGGGUGCAACCCCUGGUCACCGGAAGGGGAGCGUCGCAAAGUCCCCGACGUGGUGAUCCACACGUGGUUCAAGUACGUGGACCCUCCCCACAAGAACGAGGGUUUCUCUGAGAUAGUCCACGUGCCGUUCAGGAUGCGGGAUCUGCCGCACCCACCGCAAGGAGUAGAGGGCCGAUCCGAGCGCGACUUGCUCCUAAUGUACCUGGUUCCGAAGUGAAAGUCUGAUUAUCCCCAUACCAUAAUACGUAAAUACCCUCCGGUAUCCCCCGUGUGCCUCAGUGCAAAAAAAACGCGUCGUUCCACCGCAAGGGGAUGGGGGACAGAAAGGGACAACAAAAAGGUAUGGGUUGGGGGCGGAAUCGGUAGAGUAAUGCGGAGCCUGCGGGUCAAGUCCAAACUGGUCCUAGAUCGUUCGGAAAUUUGGAAAUAUUGAGUGACUGUGGUUGCUGUCUUUUUUCCGGCACAGACAAGGGGCACGCGCGGCACGCAAGCAAGUGGAGUCGACGGCCGUCGACGUGAGAAUCUGAAGCUAUUGCGCCAUCACCCUUGCCCUCACAGCGUCAAGAGCACCCAGUUACUAUUUUUCGGCGAAGAACCGCACCUCCAAGACCAUCUAUACUACUGUGUAUGCGUAGCUUCAUCUUCGUUCGAAGAACACGGCUCCCGUUCAAACAACUAGAUUAGGUGUUGUACACGGCCUGUAUCGCCGCCGCCGCCGCCGCGGCCGUUGUCGUUGUCCUUGUGGUUGCUUAUGUUGAUGCUCUUUGUGGUUCACAACUGGUACGAUGCGUUGUCGCCAGUGUCGUUAGCAUGUAGCGUCACCAGUCGAACUGUGUCGUGUGGGACCGUUUGGUCUGCACGUCAGCCGGUGGACAGAUGCAUAUCAAGUGCAGUACUUAGUUUUUGUCGGGCUACAGGCGGCUGUUCGUAUAUGUCCUUUUCUUGGAAGGGGAAGACGUU